GGGGGGGAAGAUGGCGGCGUCCUCGCUGGAGCAGAAGCUGUCGCGGCUGGAGGCGAAGCUGAAGCAGGAGAACCGCGAGGCGCGGCGGAGAAUCGACCUCAACCUCGACAUCGGCCCCGCCCGCGCCCGCCCCAUCAUCGUCAUCACCCUUAGCCCCGCCCCGCUCCCGUCCCAGCGAGCAGCCCUGCAGCUCCCCCUGCAGCUGCCCCUGGUGAGCGAAGGGGGCCGGGGGGGGCCCCCCGAGAGCCCCCAGCCCGCGCCCCCCCCCCGGCCCCGGCAGAUGCUGGGGCUGCCCCCGCCCCCGUUCCUGGUGCCGCGCAGCCUGGAGAGCAUUGAGAUCGACCAGAAGCUGCAGGAGAUCAUGAAACAGACGGGGUACCUGACCGUGGGGGGCCAGCGGUACCAGGCCGAGAUCAAUGACCUGGAGAACCUGGGCGAGAUCGGCAGCGGCACCUGCGGGCAGGUGUGGAAGAUGCGAUUCCGCAAGACCGGGCACGUCAUCGCCGUCAAGCAAAUGCGUCGCUCGGGGAACCGCGAGGAGAACAAGCGGAUCCUGAUGGACCUGGACGUGGUGCUCAAGAGCCACGACUGCCCCUACAUCGUGCAGUGCUCCGGCACCUUCAUCACCAACACCGACGUGUUCAUCGCCAUGGAGCUCAUGGGCACCUGCGCCGAGAAACUCAAGAAGAGAAUCCAGGGCCCCAUCCCCGGGCGCAUCCUGGGCAAGAUGACGGUGGCAAUCGUGAAGGCGCUGCUGUACCUGAAGGAGAAGCACGGCGUGAUCCACAGGGAUGUCAAACCCUCCAACAUCCUGCUGGACGAGCGGGGCCAGAUCAAACUCUGCGACUUCGGCAUCAGCGGCCGCCUGGUGGACUCCAAGGCCAAGACCCGGAGCGCGGGCUGUGCGGCCUACAUGGCGUGUCACCACAGUGUCACCACAGUGUCCCCAGGGUCCCUCGGCAUCUCCCUGGUGGAGCUGGCCACGGGGCAGUUCCCGUACCAGAACUUAAUUCCUGUGGUGGUGACCAAGGUGCUGCAAGAGGAUCGAGGUGCUGCCCAGGAGGAUCCGCCCCUGCUGCCCCCGGCCAUGGGCUUCUCCGGGGACUUCCAGGCCUUCGUCCGAGACUGCCUCACCAAGGACCACAGGAAGAGACCAAAGUACAACAAGUUACUGGAGCACACCUUCAUCAAGCGCUACGAGACGCUCGAGGUGGACGUGGCCACCUGGUUCAAGGACGUGAUGGCCCGGACAGAGUCCCCGCGCCCGGGGGGUGGCCUGGGCCACCACCUGCCCUUCUUCACCAGGUAGCGCCCGCCCGGCGCCACCACGCCCGGCAGGGGACACCGGGGACAGCCCUGGGACACCGGGGACAGCCGGGCCACCUCCGGGAACAGGGACAGCCCUGGGACACUGCCUGGUGCCACCACGCCCGGCAGGGGACACCGGGGACAGCUGGGACAUUCCCUGUGACGCACCAGGGACAGCCAGGACAGCCCUGGGACAGGGACACCUGUGACACCCACUGGGGGUGGUGACACCUGUGCCACCCCCCUGUGCCACCCUCCUGUGACACUCAGCGUGACGGUGACACUUCUGCGGCCACCACAGCCCCAGCCUGGCCUGGAGUGUCCCCAGUGUGUCCCCAGUGUGUCCCCAGUGUGUCCCUGCCAUCCCAGCUGUCCCCUCCCACCGUCCCCACCUUGCCGAGGCCAGGGGACACGCCUGUCCCCUCUGUGUCCCCCUGGCCGUGCCUCACAGGGUCCCCACACAGGACUGGGGACGGGACGGGCAGGUGGCACCGAGGGUGUGAACUCUGGGAGGUGACACUCGGAGGUGACACUCGGAGGUGACACUUCGGAGGUGACACUUGGAGGUGACACUCUGGGAGGUGGCCCAGGGACACGGACAUGGCUGGGGGAUGUGACACGGGUGUGACGCCGGGGCCUGGGGAUGUGACACUCGGCCCCAAGGGGACAUUGAAGGGACACGGAGGUGGCACCAGGACGUGGGGAUGUGGCACGGAGAUGGCGCAGGAACGUGGGACAGGGGACAGCGUGGAGAGCCAGCAUGGGGAUGUGACAGCGAGGGACAGCAAGGGACACAGAAGGAUGGCACAGAGAUGGCACCGGGACAUGACACAAGGAUGGUACCAGGACGUGACACGGGGACACAGGACAGAGAUGGCACCGGGAAGUGACACGGGACACAGGAAUGGCACCAGGAUGGCACUGGGAAGUGACACAGGACAGAGAUGGCACCAGGAUGGCACAGGACAGGGGUGGCACCAGGAAGUGACACGGGGACACAGGACAGAGGUGGCACUGGGAAGUGACACAGGGACACAGGAAUGGCACCAAGAU